CUCACUUCCCCCGUGCGCCCCCGUCGUCCUCCCCUCCCUCGCGAGUCCGAAGUCAAGGCGAAAACCCUCGAGGCGAAGCGAGAGUCAGAUAGGGAUAACCGCGAGAGACGAGAGUCGAGUGAGAGGGUGGAAGAGAAGGCGCGAUGAAGCUCAACGUGAAGACCCUCAAGGGCACAAGCUUCGAGAUCGAGGCGACCCCCGAGUCCUCGGUGGGUGAGGUCAAGAGAAUCAUCGAGAGUGCUCAGGGGCAGAAUGUGUACCCUGCGGAUCAGCUGAUGAUCAUAUAUCAAGGAAAAAUUCUCAAGGAUGAUACCACUCUGGAAGCUAACAAGGUUGCAGAGAACAGCUUCCUUGUUAUAAUGCUGUCUAAGCCUAAGGCGUCAUCAUCUAGUGGUGCUUCUACUGCUUCAAAGGCACCUGCUAGUCAGUCUCAACCUGCUACUCCACCUGCCCCUGUUGCCUCAGCUGCAAGAUCACCACCUUCACAGGCACCUGUUGCUGCAUCUGAACCGGCGCCUCCCAGUGCACAGCCUUCAGCUGUUUCUGAUACUCCAGCUCCUGCAGUAACUGCAUCAGGCGAUGCUGAUGUAUACAGUCAGGCUGCAUCAAACCUUGUCUCUGGCGGCAGUCUAGAACAAACGGUCCAACAAAUUCUUGACAUGGGCGGUGGCACCUGGGAACGUGAUAUGGUUGUCCGUGCUUUACGUGCUGCAUAUAACAACCCUGAGAGGGCUAUUGACUAUCUGUAUUCUGGAAUACCUGAAUCUGUAGAUGCCCCACCUGUGGCUCGAGCACCUGCUCCUGCUCAACAGGCACCAAACCUGCAGGCUCCUCAGGCUCAGGCUGCACCUCUAGCACCAGUGCAGCCAUCUGGUGGCGUCUCUGCAGGGCCUAAUGCAAAUCCUCUAAACCUUUUCCCGCAGGGUAUUCCAAGUGGCGGGGCAAAUGCUGGUGCUGGUGUGGGUGCCGGUGCUGGCGCCCUUGAUGCAUUGCGACAGCUUCCACAGUUCCAAGCACUGCUUGCAUUGGUCCAGGCUAAUCCCCAAAUCCUGCAGCCAAUGCUUCAAGAGCUGGGGAAACAAAAUCCCCAGAUCCUGCGGUUGAUUCAGGAAAAUCAGGCUGAGUUUCUCCGCCUGGUAAAUGAAACACCUGAGAGUGGUGCUGGCGGGAAUAUACUAGGCGCGCUAGCAGCUCAAAUGCCACAGGCAGUUCAAGUUACUCCAGAAGAACGGGAGGCCAUCCAGCGGCUCGAGGGGAUGGGGUUCAACCGUGAGCUUGUGUUGGAGGUCUUCUUUGCAUGCAACAGGGAUGAAGAACUGGCUGCCAACUAUCUUUUGGAUCAUGGCCAUGAGUUUGAGGAACAACAAUAGAUGUUAGAUUGGUCUUGCUGUUGAAAGACAGAAGAGUCAGUGACGGAAGCAGUACAGUUUGGUGUCGUUCUUAUAUCUUGCUGCUGAAUAUCACUACUACUUGCCAUUAGUGCGAUGUUGCUGACUUUCAAUUUCUUGUAUCCUGGAAAUGCUUUCUAAGUACAUAAUAUCAUAUGCAAACCUUAAAUUGUGUGUGCA